AUGGAUUUCCACUCUCUCACAAGGAGACAGCUUCAGACUCUGUGCAAGAGGAACCGAAUCCCAGCGAAUCUCACCAAUGUCGCCAUGGCCGAUGCUCUCUCUGCUCUUCCCGUUGUGGAAGGGAUGGAUGAGAUCUCCCCGGCGGCGAAAUCUGUGGCGGCUGCUGGAGGUGGUGGUGCUAGUACUUGCAGAAGAACUACUGCUACCGCUACUCGCCGGAGAACGCGCCAAACUCCUGCUAAGCUGAUGGAGACCCUUGAUUUUAGUGGAUCUGGAGAAGAGGUGGGAAGGGGCUUUCUGAAUGGUGAACAAUACCUCAACAAUCUAACUCAUCAUGCCACCCCUGCUCCUCCGCCCGAUGCUGCUGCUCUGACCCUUGGAGGAGCAGCGCAGGGUACUAGGAGAUCAACAAGGUUGGCUAUUAAGAAUAGCGCCUUGGUAGGGAAGAAUAAUGCUAAUGCUGAUGAUGAUUCCAAUAGGCUGCAAACUGUUGUGAAGAAGAUGGAUUUUGGAGAAGCUCGAAAAGGACAAGAAGACUCUUCUGCUUAUGAUUGGGAUUUAGUUGCUGAGAGCUUGAGAGGGAUUGAUUUGAACGAAAAGCCAAAAGACGGAUUAUUGGAGAAAAGCAAUGUUGAUGGUGAUCGGGCUGCUUGGUCUGCAAAAUACGAUUCUUCUGUUACUCCCAACCAGAAUCAAAACCGCGAAUCUGAAAUUGAGGGAGCUGGAGCUGCUGAUAUAUGCAGUGAUGAUGUAUCUAAAGAGGACGACCGUGAUGAGGUCACCAAGACACAUAACACAUUUGAGGUUGUGGAAGAACUUGAUUCCGCCAACAAUCAUGUAGUAGCAGCCACUGAAGAUGAUCGUAUAAAUAAUGAAGGCGAUAAUGCCAGUAGAGAGAAAAUUGAGGCAGGGGAGGAAGAAUUGGAUGCUAAUAAUGAUGAUACAACUGCUCCUGAAGAUAAUAUUGAUCAUAUGACUGAUGGUAAUGCUAAUGUCAACGUUGCUAGAGAAGAAGAGGUGAUGGAGUCUAAGCUGGACCCUUACCAAACUGAAACCAACAAUGAUGUUGAAGAAUGUAGCCUAGAUGGGGAAAAGGACGUGAAUUAUGAAAAUUUGUAUCCUUUGGGAAUGGAUGCUCUUUUGGAUGCUGGAUUCUCUGCGGUUACAGAAUCUAGUGAAGUUGUUGAGGCUACUUCAGAGAAACAACAAGAUGUGGUGGUGGUGGGAAGUGGUGUCGCUGCGGUAGAACUUCCUGCAAUUAUGGAAUCAAUGGUUGCAGAUGGAGGUACUCUUGAGGAGGCUAAACUGGCAGAGAAAUUCAAUGAUAUGGAACUGAAUGAUUUUGGAUUGAAUUCCUCUUCCGUAACAACAGAAUCAGCAGGAGCAAAUGCAGUAGUAGCAUUGGAGCAACGAUUGGUGGCUGACUAUACAGUUGUCGAAAUGGAAAACAAGGUCGAUGAGCAGGAAGAGAAGGCUUUAACCAACAUCUACCUGGAAUGCUCAACUGAACCAAACCAGAAAGAGCAUACAGCUGCAGUAACAGCGGAUUCGAAUGAUAAUCUGUGCAUCAAUGCAAACUUCAACUCCCUUAGAAGCCCAGUAAGCAAUAUAUCUUCUGUAUCAUCUCCCAACCCAGGGAAGAAGAACACUCCCUUGUUGCAGAAGUCGGCGGGGAGGAAAACCCCAUCAACUAGUGCUAAAAGAAUGAUCAUAACCAAAGUCUUAGAUGAGAACAAAGAGAACAACAUCAUUGGGAACUGUGGGACAAACCUGAUGAUGACCUCUCCUGCGAAAGAGAAGAAUGAAAAGAAAGGUAGCCUCUUUCCGAUGGAUCCUUGGAAAGACGCCAGUUUAGGGAAGCUGAAGAAAGAGUUGAAAACCCGAUUAGAAAAGGCCAACAACAAGGGAAACGACAAGGCUUGUACCAGACCAGCUCUGCAAGCACUGACAGAGAACUAG